CAAUUCGGAUUUGCAGUAGAUUUAGACUGUUUUAAUUUUACUAUUCAAUAUCUGACUUCCGAUUUGAUAUUCUUAAAGUUAUUGAUUAACCAGUUAACAAUGUUUUUGAAUGGAUAGUGGUAUAAGUUAUUCUUACCCAACAGAGAGAAGGAUGCAGGGUGGUGAUAUUCGAUAUAACAUGAUGACUACAAGCAGUUUAUUUCGGGAAGCUCAGGACGAAGAAAUGGAGCUCAAAGUAAAAAAAGUUGCUGAAAGACUAUCUGAGAGUAUGAAUAUUGUAGCAAAUGAACCUUCUUUAGCUUUUUUCCGCAUCCAGGAACAUGUGAGAAAAUCUUUACCACAGCUUGUGGAGCAAAAGCAUGAAGUGAUUGAGACUCAGCAGAAAGUUCAAGGUGCAAGUUUUGACACUGAAUAUGCCACACAUGCUGUCAAAAGCCUCCACAAGAGCAGUGUACACUUCCAAAAUAUUCAAGAAUUGAUGAAGAAUGCCAUGUUUAUGAAGCAACAGAUCGAUUAUGAGGAAGAUAGAAAUGUAUUCAUCGAUCAAGUGAGUAAAGUUAUAAAACGUCGCACGAGUUCACGCCUGGUAAACAACAAUCGUUUAUAAUGCGGAGACCAAUAAAAUUUUUGAAUGUUUUUAAUUUGAGCGCCUUGAGGUACAAUUUUCUUCUUUCACAUGUAGGAUUUUUUAAAAAUAAAAUACAAUAAUUAGCUAGUACAAUGUAGUUGAAGAUGAAUAUGUACCUAUAUACAUUUUAUAAAGUGAGGGGGACAUAACUAAAAUAAAGGGAAUUGGAGUUGACAGUGUACCCAUACCAAAAAUUUAGUUUUAUAUCUUGCAUAGGAUCUUAUUUUUUGUAAAAAUGGUAUUUCAUAAAGAUACAAUGUCAAAGAUUAAGUGUAGGAAAAUAAGUGUAAAAUUUGGAUACAGUUGAUUUUAUGGUAUUCUUUUUUUGUUUUUCU